CCCCCCACACCCCCGUCGCCCCGCCCUCUGGCCCUUCCCGGCGACUAGCCUGCUCUUCCAGCUACCGGCUGCCCCCCUUCUGUGCUCCCCUGCUCCUCCCCUCCCUCCCGCCCGCGCAGGCUGUUCCCGCUCCCUCCCCAGGCAGCCGUUCCCUCGCGACGCUCCCCUCCCCCCGUGGCUGUUCCGCCGCCUGGCCUCCCCUCCCCCCAGUCGGAGCUCACUGUCUCCAAGAUGGCGGCCGUGUCAGUUUGGGGCAUCUCCGCGGUCCGGCCCGGGCCCCCGGGAUCCCGGCUGUCUUCCCCCCAGGAUUCUUUCUACUAAUCCAGAUACUUGUUGAAGUGAUGAAUAGUUUCUUGGGGAAAAAUGUGGAGGACACGUUGAACCCAUAGACUGGCUUAAGAUACUCAUUUUCUGCUUGAAGCUGGGAAUGAGAUGUAUGGAACCCAAGAGUGUGUGUGGAGUAGACACCAAGGUGUGGUGCUAGUGAGGCAUUUGAAGAUACAUCAGAAAAAGCAGCCGUUUGGUUUCUGAGGUAAAAGUAGGUUGUAAUUCUGUUUUGUGAACGGAGGGAAGACUCAGGCCAGAAAUCUUGUAUGCUAUGGUUAACUGGUUCCCACCCUCCGCGAGUCAUGUUUUCCAUGGUGUAAGACUUACUCAGCAUCAGGAUAAGGGAUAGCGACUCUAUGGAUAGACAGAAUCCUUCACCAUGGUAAAGCUCGCUAACCCGCUGUACACGCAGUGGAUUUUGGAGGCCAUCAAAAAAGUCAAGAAGCAGAAACAGCGACCUUCAGAAGAAAGAAUAUGCAAUGCAGUGUCGUCCUCCCACGGCUUAGAUCGGAAAACUGUCCUGGAGCAGUUGGAGCUGAGUGUUAAAGAUGGCACGAUCCUAAAAGUCUCAAACAAAGGUCUCAACUCCUAUAAAGAUCCUGAUAAUCCUGGGCGAAUAGCACUUCCUAAACCUCGAAACCAUGGAAAGUUGGAUAAUAAACAAAGUGUGGAUUGGAAUAAAUUACUCAAGCGGGCAUUUGAGGGCUUGGCAGAGUCUGGUGGCUCAACUUUGAAAAGUAUUGAACGCUUUUUGAAAAGCCAGAAGGAUGUGUCUGCUGCCUGUGGAGGCACUGCUGCCUCUGGGUUUCACCAGCAGCUGCGGUUGGCGAUCAAGCGUGCCGUUGGUCAUGGCCGACUCCUUAAAGAUGGACCUCUCUACCGGCUCAACACCAAGGCAGCCAAUGCUGAAGGGAAAGAGGGCUGCGAGUCGCUCUCGUGUUUACCUCCUGUGUCACUGCUUCCACACGAGAAAGAUAAGCCGGUUGCUGAACCAAUCCCCAUCUGUAGUUUCUGUCUUGGUACAAAAGAACAAAACCGGGAAAAGAAGCCUGAGGACCUCAUCUCCUGCGCAGACUGUGGCAAUAGCGGUCACCCAUCCUGCUUAAAGUUCUCCCCAGAACUCACAGUGAGAGUGAGGGCCCUGCGGUGGCAGUGCAUCGAGUGCAAAACGUGCAGCUCCUGUCGCGAUCAAGGCAAAAACGCAGAUAACAUGCUCUUUUGUGAUUCAUGUGACCGAGGUUUUCACAUGGAGUGUUGUGACCCACCCCUCACACGGAUGCCAAAAGGCAUGUGGAUAUGUCAGAUAUGCCGACCCAGGAAAAAAGGACGGAAACUGCUACAAAAGAAGGCAGCACAGAUAAAACGGCGCUAUGCUAAUCCAAUAGGACGUCCAAAAAACAGGUUAAAGAAACAAAGCACGGUAUCAAAAGGUCCCUUUAGCAAAGUUCGAACUGGUCCUGGAAGGGGUCGGAAACGUAAAAUCACUGUAUCCAGCCAGUCUGCGUCAUCCUCAGAAGAAGGCUAUUUAGAGCGGAUAGAUGGCUUGGACUUCUGCAGAGAUAGCAGUGCCCCCUUGAAGUUCAACAAGAAAACCAAAGGGCUCAUUGAUGGCCUUACCAAAUUCUUCACCCCUUCUCCUGAUGGGCGGAAAGCCCGAGGGGAGGCGGUAGACUACUCUGAGCUCAGAAUCAGGAAAAAGGGCAACAGAAAAUCAAGUACUUCACAUUGGCCCACAGACAAUCAGGACGGCUGGGAAAGCAAACAGGAAAGUGAGGAGCGGCUUUUUGGGAGCCAAGAAAUCAUGACGGAAAGAGAUAUGGAAUUAUUUCGUGAUAUCCAAGAACAAGCACUGCAGAAAGUUGGAGUAACUGGGCCCCCUGAUCCACAAGUCCGCUGUCCCUCCGUCAUUGAGUUUGGGAAGUAUGAAAUCCACACCUGGUAUUCCUCUCCAUAUCCUCAAGAAUACUCAAGGCUGCCUAAAUUGUAUCUUUGUGAGUUCUGUCUAAAAUAUAUGAAAAGUAGAACUAUUCUCCAGCAGCACAUGAAGAAAUGUGGUUGGUUCCAUCCUCCCGCCAAUGAGAUUUACCGAAAGAAUAAUAUUUCUGUCUUUGAGGUUGAUGGGAAUGUGAGUACCAUUUAUUGUCAAAAUCUGUGUCUCUUGGCAAAGUUGUUUCUUGACCACAAAACACUCUAUUAUGACGUGGAGCCAUUUCUCUUCUAUGUUUUAACACAGAAUGAUGUCAAGGGCUGCCACCUUGUUGGCUACUUUUCUAAAGAAAAGCACUGCCAACAGAAAUACAAUGUCUCCUGUAUAAUGAUUCUUCCCCAAUACCAACGUAAGGGCUACGGCAGGUUUCUCAUCGAUUUCAGUUAUUUGUUAUCAAAGCGUGAAGGCCAAGCAGGCUCUCCUGAGAAACCACUAUCAGAUCUAGGUCGUCUUUCCUACAUGGCUUAUUGGAAAAGUGUAAUCUUGGAGUGCCUUUAUCACCAGAAUGACAAACAGAUCAGCAUUAAGAAGCUGAGUAAGCUGACUGGAGUCUGCCCGCAAGACAUUACUUCCACACUCCACCACCUACGGAUGCUGGACUUCCGAAGUGACCAAUUUGUGAUUAUCCGCCGGGAAAAACUUAUCCAGGAUCACAUGGCGAAGCUCCAGCUGAAUCUUCGACCUGUCGAUGUAGAUCCAGAAUGCUUACGCUGGACUCCAGUCAUAGUCUCCAACUCUGUCGUCUCAGAGGAGGAGGAUGAGGAGGCUGAUGACGGAGAGAAAGAAGAGCCCCAAGGCCAAGAAAGAGAGUUAGAGACCAGGGAAAGGGUGGGAAAGUCUGUGUCUCGGGAGAACAAAGAUCAGGAUUCUUCCUCUUUAAUAGAAAGUGAAAAGAAACCAGAAGUCAAGGAACUAGCCAGCUCUUCACGUCUGAGCAAACAGGCCCUUGUCCGGGACAGUCUUCCUGCAAAUAGCCAGCCACCUCGGAGGGGCCGCUGUGGGAGGAAGAACAGAAAGACACAGGAACGUUUUGGUGAUAAAGAUUCUAAGAUGCUUGUGGGUGAGACGUUAUCCACUUCUCAGGAGCAAUAUGGAGAAUGCGAGGAGAAGUCAGCAGCCUCCCGAGAGCGUUACACUGAGGUGGGAGAGCAGCCAGCAGCCCCUCAGGCACAAGCAGACGGGAACCCAGACAUCCCCAAGGGCAGGUUCAGUGAGAGCGCGGAUUUGUGGCGAGGACAGCUGAAGAAAAGCCCUGAGACCCUGAAGUGCCGAUUGCCAGAAGGGAAUGACAGACUUCCGUGCUGCUACACCGAUGGUGACAGGGCUGUCUUUAGGGGCUUCAGCGAAAGUAGUGAGGAAGAGGAGGAGCCAGAAAGUCCUCGGUCAAACUCGCCACCAGUGCUCACAAAGCCCACGCUGAAAAGAAAGAAACCAAUUCUUCACCGAAGAAGGAGAGUCCGCAAGCGGAAACACCACAAUAGCAGUGUCGUCACAGAAACGAUCUCUGAGACCACUGAGGUGUUAGAUGAGCCUUUUGAAGACUCUGACUCUGAGAGACCAAUGCCAAGACUGGAACCUACAUUCGAGAUUGAGGAGGAGGAGGAGGAGGAGGAUGAAAAUGAGCUCUUCCCCAGAGGGUACUUUCAUUGCUUGUCCUCACAGGACAUCCUUAGGUGUCAGGCUUCCUCCAAGAGGACGGCGUCUAAAGAUGAGGAGGAAGAAGAGGAGGAGUCAGACGAUGCAGAUGACACUCCUGUCCUAAAGCCAGUAUCUCUCUUGAGAAAAUGUGAUGUGAACAGUGCUUCACUUGAGCCAGAUACCUCUACACCUAUGAAAAAGAAAAAGGGAUGGCCCAAAGGCAAGAGCCGAAAACCUAUCCACUGGAAGAAAAGGCCUGGGCGGAAACCAGGAUUUAAAUUGAAUCAGGACAUCAUAGCUGUUUCUACACAGGAAUGCAUAGUUGAGCCCAUAGUCCCCAUUAAACCAGGACGUAAACCCAGAACUCAAGAGAGUGAAGAACUUGUUGAGGUGAAGGAGGGCCUGGUGGAAGAAAGGAAGGAGGAAAUGCAUACAGAAGCAGACGAAGAGGCUGAGGAGGAAGAGGAUGCAGCCAGCAGUGACAUUAGAGCCAUGUCCCCAUUGGACAGCAGCAAUAGCCCUGAUGCAGACCCGAAAGAACCUGAGGCAGAAGAGGAAGAGGAGAAGCCGUUGGACGAUCCGAGGCAAUCAGAGGAAGAGCCUCAAGAGCUGGAAGAACAGGAGCAAGAGGAAGAGGACGAGGUGACUGCAGAGGCAAACCAGAAUGAAGACCAUGAUGCUGACGAUGAGGACGACGGCCACCUGGAUUCACUGAAGACAAAAGAGCCAGAGGGGCAGCCGGCUAGAGAAGACGGCACAGAGGAGCCCGGCACCCAGGAGUCUUUUUUAGAUGCAAGCAUACAGGACAGCAGGGAGAACGCGAAGGAUAAAGAUGAAACUGAAGCGGAUUCUGAAGAGGAACAGCCUUCCCAUGAGGCUUCUGUGGGAUCAGAGACCAUGCCAGGCUCUGAGGAGGACCAUGAGGAGGACUCAAACACUAAGGAAGAAUUAAUUGAGCUAAAAGAGGAGGAAGAGAUCCCACACAGUGAACUGGAUCUGGAAACUGUACAGGCAGUGCAGUCUUUGACUCAAGAAGAAAGCAGUGAGCAUGAAGGAGCCUACCAGGACUGUGAGGAAACUCUGGCGGCUUGCCAGACUCUACAGAGUUACACCCACACUGACGAGGACCCUCAGAUGUCAAUGGUUGAAGACUGCCAUGCCUCAGAGCAUAAUAGCCCAAUAUCCUCCAUUCCGUCUCAUCCUAGCCAGUCAGUCCGCUCCGUCAGCAGCCCCAGCAUGCCUGCCCUGGAGAGUGGCUACACACAGAUCAGCCCAGAGCAAGGAUCCCUGUCCGCACCCUCUAUGCAGAACAUGGAGACCAGCCCCAUGAUGGAUGUGCCUUCCGUAUCAGACCACUCUCAGCAGGUGGUAGACAGUGGCUUCAGUGACCUGGGCAGCAUCGAGAGCACCACAGAGAACUAUGAGAACCCAAGCAGCUAUGACUCUACCAUGGGCAGCAGUAUUUGUGGGAAUAACUCCUCUCAGAGCAGCUGCUCCUACGGUGGCCUGUCAUCUUCAAGCAGCCUCACCCAGAACAGUUGUGUUGUCACUCAGCAAAUGGCAAGCAUGGGCAACAGCUGUAGCAUGCUGCAGCAAAACAGCGUCCAACCAGCUACCAACUGCAACAUCAAGUCGCCUCAGACCUGUGUGGUGGAAAGGCCUCCCAGUAACCAGCAGCCGCCGCCACCACCACCACCCCCGCCGCCACCACAGCAGCCGCAGCCGCAGCCGCAGCAGCAGGCAGCCCCACAGCCUCCCCCACCACAGCCGCAGCAGCAGCCGCCCCCUCCACCGCAGCAGCAGCCCCAGCCUCCACCUCCACCCCAGCAGCAGCCCCCUCUGUCGCAGUGUAGCAUGAACAACAGCUUCACUGCCGCGCCAAUGAUAAUGGAGAUACCAGAGUCCGGGGGUACUGGGAACAUCAGCAUCUACGAGAGGAUUCCAGGGGAUUUUGGCGCUGGCAGCUACUCUCAACCGUCAGCCACCUUCAGUCUCGCCAAGUUGCAGCAGCUGACUAACACCAUUAUGGACCCUCAUGCCAUGCCUUACAGUCAUUCUCCGGCCGUGACUUCCUAUGCAACCAGUGUUUCUCUGUCUAAUACGGGACUGGCUCAGCUAGCUCCAUCUCAUCCCUUAGCCGGGACCCCUCAAGCACAAGCCACCAUGACGCCACCCCCAAACUUGGCACCUACUACUAUGAACCUCACGUCACCUCUGCUGCAGUGCAACAUGUCUGCCACCAACAUUGGGAUCCCUCACACGCAGAGGUUGCAGGGGCAGAUGCCAGUCAAGGGGCACAUUUCUAUCCGUUCCAAGUCUGCACCUUUACCCUCUGCAACUGCACACCAACAGCAGCUCUAUGGCCGCAGCCCCCCAGCAGUUGCCAUGCAGGCUGGCCCUCGUGCACUGGCCGUUCAGCGUGGCAUGAACAUGGGGGUUAACUUAAUGCCCACUCCAGCCUAUAAUGUCAAUUCCAUGAAUAUGAACACCUUGAAUGCCAUGAACAGCUAUCGAAUGACACAGCCCAUGAUGAACAGCAGUUACCAUAGUAACCCUGCCUACAUGAACCAGACAGCACAGUAUCCUAUGCAGAUGCAGAUGGGAAUGAUGGGGAGCCAGGCCUAUACCCAGCAGCCUAUGCAGCCAAACCCUCAUGGAAACAUGAUGUACACUGGCCCCUCCCAUCACAGCUACAUGAAUGCUGCCGGCGUCCCCAAGCAGUCACUUAAUGGACCUUACAUGAGAAGAUGAGCGAGGUGAACUUGCAGUUAAAAGCUUAAAUAUAUAUAAAUAAAGGAACUUUUUAUACUGACAAACCAGAGAAACAAAUGGACCUUUUUUCCAGUUAAAAUAUUACUGUAGACUUAGAGCAGUUUUUCUUUGGUUUAUUAUUAUUAUUAUUACUGUUUUUGUUUUGUUUUUAGAAAACCUGAUCUCUUUUUGGGGGUUCGAUUUUGUUUUCGGUUUUUGUUUUCUUCACAAUCUUGAACAUUUUACAGUAGAACUCAUCUAAAGAUGGAUUUGGGUAGGGGAAACAUGCACAAAAUCUUUUCAUAAUUAAAAGGAGCCUUACUUUCUUUAUAUACCACAUGGACAGAAUUGAUGUAAACGUGAAUUUAUUUUUAUUUUAUGUAUGUUUCCCCUCACUGUCUGCAGCUCCCAGUUUUGUCAUUUUUAAAUGUUAUAUAUACAUCUCAAGAGUCAACCAGACCCUUUUCCUCCAAACCCUCCCUCCCUUCAUUUCCCACUUCAUUCCAGCAGGAGGCACUUAGGGGAACUGGGAUGGGAACAUGGAGAACAACCCAAGCUCCUUAAACUUAAUGUUGUUGUUAUUAUUAUUAAUAAAGUGAAGCAGGCAAAGCUUCUCCUUGUAAAAUUCCCUCCCCUCCUCCCUACACACACACACACACACACACACACACACACACACACACACACACACACACACACACACACCCUCUGGAAACCUUUCCCCAAGAAUGUUUCUAGGUAGACUUCAUUAAAAUUGUUUUUUCUUAAUCAAGUGUAAUAUAAUUCUUGUUUUUUUUUUUUUUUAAUCCCACUCAGCACUCAGAGACACAAAAAUACUGUAAGUCUCACUUAACAGCAGAAUCUCAGAGGAAAGCUGUUUGCAAUCCUCCUCCAGCCUUUGGAGGACACAGAUGGUCAGCUAACAAUCAGAAAGGGGACGACAUGAACCUCUUGGUUUUUACCACCUGGUGAAUCAGCCAUAACACACACACUCCACUCACCUCUUUAGUAUGUACUUGGAAAUGUGGACUAAGGGUCUUGUGCUUGCACCAUUGACGCUGGUAACCUCAGAGCGAGCCCCUGUGAUUUGCCUGUCGUAUCUUACCCAUAGUUUCCAUGAAUGACUGUAGUACCAGCGACUUAGAAAACACCUGGUGCAGAAGGAGUCCCAAGGGAGACGAUGGUGUGACUUCCGUAGCUGCAUAAAUGACGCAUACCUCUCGUUGUCAUGUUGUCUUGAGAUCCUGAAUUCAUCCCCAAGAACCAGUGUGCACUAGCCCCUCUCCUGUGAGGAUGAGCAAGGAGAGACCCACCACCAGCAUAGUAGGGCACAGCUGGCAGUAGGGCUUCAGGAGGCUCACAUGUUGUCUCACUAGUUUGCCCGUUCUCUUCCUACUUGCUCCAGGGAUAGGUAAAAAGAAAAAAAAACUAUAUAUAUAAUUAUAAUUAUAUAUAUAUUAUAUCUUCCAUCAUUAGAAGAUGGAAACUAUUAUACCACUCGGUAUGUGCAGUCAAAUAUCCAAAAGGAGGCCACAGUGCUUAAAAGACACCUGUAAGCAUAGAGCCUCUCCUCUAUUUGUACAUUUUAUAUAGAUACAUUUUUAAAGUACUAAUUAGGCAUUACAUUUUUUCAAAUGCACAGGUUUGUUGGGCUUUUUUAUAGACCUUAAUUGGCUUUCUCAAUUAAGUGUGUUAGAUAGAAAAGCAGAACUUCACACUGUACUGCUAUCAACUCUGAGCAUGUGCAAGGCUGCGUAGCACCCAGUUUCUCUGUAUAUACUGUUCCGGUUCCCCGUCAUCUCUGUAGAAUGUGCACCGGCUGCCCUCUCCCACAUCUUCAGCUAUGUCAUUGCUUCCUGGAUGGGAUGGGCAGGGAUGGGAGGGAGGGAAGGGAGGUCUGUGUGGGUGGAGGGUGGGUCAAGGCAGAAGGAGAAGCUGUUGAAAUGAGGGCCGUGAAUUCACUUUCCGUUGGUUUGCAGUUGCGUUUGGGUUUCUUUGUUUCGUUAUGUUUUUAAAUUCAGUCAGGCAGCUCCCUUUCCGCAGGCCUCUUUGUGACUGUAGAACUAUUGUAGAAAAAAAAUACAUUCUUUUCUAUAUUAUAAAAGAAAAUUAUCCAACACGGUAAUAUUGGUACCUGUCAUUUUUUCACUUCUGUUUUAAAAAAAAUGUAUUUUUAGCAAGAUAACUUGGGUAAUCUUCUAAAAAAAAGAAAUUUAAAACUCACUUGUUAGUGACUUUGAUGCCUUUUAAAAUAAGAGCUUUUUCAUUUCAUUCCAUCUUUAAGAUUUUUUAUCUUUGUUGUAGAAUAUUAAAAACUAUUUUAAGAAAGAUAAAAAUUCUCUUUAAAGAGAUCUCUAGAGUGUGCGAAUAGAGCUCCAGAUGCCUCUAAAAGCCGCAUGUACAAACUAAGUCUAUUCCUGUCUGUUUAUAUUUGCUUUUCCUGUUUUGUAACCUCUUUGUACUUUGUUCCUGGUGACUUGUAAGCUGAGGGGAGGGGUGUCUAGACGCCUUUGUAUUUCUCCAUGUCAUGCGCUCCUGGCCAGGUAGCCUCCCCUCCUCUCCUUGUAUGUAAUAUCUUUUCCCCCUUUCUAGCAAGUACUUUCAAAAGAACUCUGUACAUUUUAACAUAAAAAAAUAAAUUAUGUUGAGCCAUUUUGGA